ACUGAAAGUCAAGAAUACUGCAUUAACAUUACUCUCCUUGAAAUAAAAAGGGACAUCAUCUGAAUGGGAGCGAGAAGAAUGCUGUGAGAGAGGGAUUAUCCAGCCAGGCUGAUUUCAGAGAGUCACAAUGGGGAAAAGGUUGCUCCGCCAUGGAAUUUUCUUUUUCCUGUUGCUUAAUGUUGUCUGUCAGGCCCAGGAUCUUCCACUGAGCCAGGCAACCUCAGGGACGAGCUCUCCAUGUGAAAAAGAUGCUGGGUCCUGGGGAGCUGUAUUCAGUGAAGAACGACUGGAUGCCUGGAUCUGUUCUCUGAUUGGUUCUUUUAUGGUGGGGUUGAGUGGGGUUCUUCCUCUACUGUUCGUUCCUUUCGAGGUGGGAGCAGCACUGAAAUCAGAAGAGGGAUCACAUCGAAUGAAGCAGCUGUUGAGCUUUGCUGUUGGAGGGCUUCUGGGUAAUGUGUUUCUCCACCUGCUUCCGGAAGCCUGGGCCUACACUUGCACUGCUGCUGCAGGAGAAGGGCAGAGCAUCCAACAGCAGAAGCUUCUGGGGCUCUGGGUGAUCAUUGGCUUGCUUACCUUCCUGAGUCUGCAGAAGAUGAUCCCAGUUAGUGAAAAGCAAGGAAGCACCAACUUGAUCAACAAUUGUAAACCAGUCACUGAAAGGACCCUGAAUGGCAGCAGCUUCUCUAAGCAAGAUGCAAACACUCCAGUUCAAAGAAAGAAGUCCAGCCCAGCUCAUUGCAAUGGGUCUUCUCAUUUACUCUCAUCAUCAACUCAGAAAAUCAAGAUGAGUGGAUAUCUCAAUCUCUUGGCUAAUACAAUAGAUAAUUUCACACAUGGCUUGGCAGUGGCAGCCAGCUUCCUGGUUAGCAGAAAGGUUGGACUCCUUACGACCCUGGCAAUUCUUCUACAUGAAAUACCCCACGAGGUGGGUGAUUUUGUCAUUCUCCUCCGGGCAGGAUUUGAUCGCUGGAGUGCAGCCAAGCUACAACUCUCGACAGCUCUUGGGGGCAUCCUGGGCGCCUGCUUUGCUAUCUGUGCUCAGUCCCCAAAAGGGACAGGGGAAACCAUCGCUUGGAUUCUCCCUUUCACCUCUGGAGGAUUCCUGUACAUUGCUUUGGUAAAUGUGGUGCCUGACCUCUUAGAAGAGAAGAAUCUUUGGAACUCCGUGCAACAGGUUCUGUGCCUUUGUAUUGGCAUCGUUGUCAUGGUGCUUUUCUCCUUCACCAUCGAAUGAGAGGCUCCGGCUUCUUUUCUGCUGUUUCACAAAGCUGCCUCCCU